AUGGUGCAGAAAGCGCAGCUGUCCGCGGAGCUCGACCAGACGCGAACGAGCUUGGUCAAUGCGAAGGGCGACUUAGAGGUCUCCCAGCGACGCUUCGAUGAAGUCGAGCAGAAGGGCCGGGAGACGUCGAAGCGCCUACAGAUGGUGCAGGAGGAACUACAGGGGCUUCGUGCAGAGGAUGGCGACUCACCCGUGCGCUCCACCCUGCAGGAUGCAAAGGCAGUCCUCGAGCAGAAGAAGGCAAAGCUCAACCAGCAGACGCUCCAGGCGGAGAAGCUCCAGAAGGAGCUGCAAGACAACCGCGAGCAGUUGGAGAAGCAGAGCGUGAGGAUGGCUGAUGUCCACGCAGAGGCCACCGAGUGCGAGAUGAAGAGCAAGUGUCUUGAUGAACAGAAGCUCCAGCUGCAGCGGGAGCUGGAUGCCAAGCCGGGAGCUAAGACUGGAUGCGCUACUGGGACGAAGGAAGGCGAUGAUUCCUUCGAAGAUCCUACAAGCGUUUCUCAGUGGCCGGUUGUGCCAAUGUCGGGGAAAGCCUGGUCGUGCAAUGCUGGCCGAUGCAGCAGUGCCGACAUGCCCAGGCACCUUUCAGGGCAUAGCUACGGAGCAUGCCCUUACAUGCAGUCGACCUACGAAGCCCCUCAUGCGCGCAUGCUACGAGUCGGUGGCAUGCCGCAGACGGUAUAG